CACUGAGCAGCAAUGGUUGUCUUGCCGUACCGAAGCUGAUUCGAUUGUCCAUGCUGUGUGUGCCGAUCUACUGGCGAUGACUGAGUCUGGGUACUACUACUAUACCCACCCCUUCACAGAGGACGAGCGGAUGUCGCUCAAGGAGUUCUUUGGUGGAGAUCUCUUCGAUGGAAGCUAUAAAGAGCUCAAUGAUGAGCAGCUUGAUCAGAUCUCGGCACGCAUCAUGCCCCGAGCUCGAAGCUCUAUCCGCGUGUCCGACCUCCUCGCGCCCCUCAGAAAGUUGAAGGCCCUCACUGACACGGAGUACAGUCACCUGAGGAGUGGGAGUCUGGAGGCAGAGGAGCAGGCCGUGCGGCUGAUGGAAUACCUCAUGUACAAGGGUUCCUAUGGACUGGCUUCCCUGUAUCUCUCACUCCUGACCUCCUCUGAGAGAAAGAAAGGGCUCCCGGCUCACUACCAGCUGGCCAGGGAGCUCAGGGAGAUUGUUCAGGAGUAUGGAGUGACAGAGGAAAGCUCCGGUGGCAGACUGGAAGGCCUGACUAAUGGAACCGAGGCUCAGACCAUUCCUCUGAGAGCUGCGGUGAAGAAACUGCGGGGUGUCCGUCUCUCUCCAGAGACUGCCCGGACACUAGCCUCUCACCUCAACCUACCACCUCACCAGAGAGUGUCGGCUGAUCUGUGUGAGUUGUGUGUCCAGUGGCUGAAGAGCAGGUCUACAUGUGACGUGAUGGAGCUGGUGGAGGGAAUGGUGGCCACCGAGGGCCUCGGAAGGUACACCACCCGUCUCUGUGGACCCUCCUCAGAGUCUCCUCGAGACAUGAGGAACUUCCUGCUGACCCUGGGGGAGAGGUGGGUGGAGAUUGCACGGUACCUGGGGUUCUCUCAGGAAGAGAUUGACACCAUCAUGCAGAGCUACCCCGAUAGCAUCGAGAAGCAGGUGGAAGAGUUUCUAGAGGAGUGGAAGAUGCCGGACUCGGGCCAGAAGACCCUCCCUCUUAUGCACAAACUGAAGGCCCUGGCAGGGAUCGUGGAGCCCAAGAGAGACAGGGCAAACAGUCUCCCUUCAGGUCGUCGACCGUGGUUGGACAAUAGUGGAGUACCUCCUAGGAGACUAGACCCGUACCCUCACCCUCACAAACGCCCCCCGUCUCCUCCCCACACCCCCGAUGAUCACCACCAUCAAAACUCUCACCACUGUCACCACUCACACUCGGGGCACCACGUACACUCGUUUCACCAUCACCACGACUGCCCGUUUCACAAUGCAGUGGACAAGCAAGUGGAGGGAUACUAUGACGACUACGAGAACGCCCCAUAUUCUUCUUAUUCUGGCACUCUACCUGUUGGCAGUAGAGGGCAAUUUCAUUUUAUUGUGAGCCUGAGUGGUGGUGGUGGUGAUUCAAGGAAAAGCUACCACAAGCAAAGUUAUCGUUCUCACUACGAUGACCCAGUUAUUGAAGAGUUACCCAGUGAUUCGGAGCCCCAUUUCCAGGCCCCAGCGAGCCAUCACGGGGAGCGAGGUAACGAUCCCCGACCAGCCCACCGUCUCUUCCUCCUCUUCCUCAACCAAACCUCCCAUGCCUUCUCGGCCGCCUACUACUUCACCUGGUAGUGCUACAAGAGGAGGUGUCAGAACAGAGCCUCACGCAAGGUUGGGUAACGAGGUUUUUACGGAACGAUCUUCGUCUCUUGAUGGAGUUCAGGGAAGGGGGGGUUUCGAGCAAGGGAACAACUUGUCUACUCCGCUUGGAAACGAGGUUUUAAUGGAGGGUCACCCAUCUAGUAGCAGCAGUGCUCAUAGAGGAAGUGUUAAACGAGGAAACUUGUCUACUUCCCUUGGAAACGAGGUUUUAAUGGAGGGUCACCCAUCUAGUAGCAGCAGUGCUCAUAGAGGAAGUGUUGAACGAGGAAACUUGUCUGCUUCCCUUGGAAACGAGGUACUAAUGGAGAGUCACCCAUCUAGCAAUAGCAUCCGAGGUUUGCACGGUGGUGGUAAUUUGCCUCCUCUUGGUAACGAGGUUUUAUUGGAGGGUCCCCAGCAUUUUGGAGGUGCGGGGAGAGGAGUCGACUUACCUUCACCUCUUGGAAAUG